AUGGCCUCGAACCCUCCAGGAAGAUGCUGCGUUACCGGCGCGAGACAUGAAGGCUCACCCCGCGGUGAGAUUAAGAAAUUCAAUGACGUCGAGGUCUACAUAACGUAUCCUAAGGACAAGAACACCGAGAACGCCAUAUUGUUCCUGACAGAUGUCAUGGGUCACCGAUUUAUCAACGCGCAGCUGAUUGCGGAUGGAUUUGCGGAAAAUGGAUACUUUGUCUAUAUGCCAGACCUUUUCCAUGGUGACCCGGUUUCGUUAAACCCACCCGAGGACUUUGAUAUCAUGGCUUGGCUUAACGGUCCGCCAGGCCACCUUCCUGACCGCGUCGACCCCGUUGUGCAGGCAUCUAUCAACGAAAUGCACAAGACACUGGGCUGUAAGAAGAUUGGCGGAGUCGGUUAUUGUUUCGGCGCCAAGUAUGUGGUCCGCAAUCUUGGCUAUAUGAGUGGCGUUGGCGACAGACUCGACGCUGGCUAUGUCGCUCAUCCCUCGUUCGUCGAACGCGAUGAGCUCCAGGCAAUCAAAAAGCCUCUGGCAAUCUCUGCUGCAGAAACAGAUAGUAUCUUCCCUACUUCGAAGCGCCAUGAGAGUGAGGAGAUUUUGAUCGGAACAAAGAUUCCUUAUCAGAUCAACUUGUUUAGCGGCGUUGAGCAUGGAUUUGCAGUCCGUCUAAGCGAGGAAACGCGGGUAGGAAACUUUGCUAAGGAGCAGGCUUUUGUUCAAGCUAUCACUUGGUUCAAUAUUUAUCUUCCAUAA